AUGCAUACAGCACCCGAAGAACACGCACCUGAAGGACAUGCGCCCGAAGGACAUGCACCCGAAGGACACGCACACAAUUCAUCUGUAUCGGCAGUUGAAAGGUCUCUCAUAUUUUCAAUUAUAGAAAAUAUUUUGCUCAUAAUUUACAGAGUUUUCAUGAACAUUUUGAUAUUCAUAAUACACGUUGUAUCAUACAUAACUCAUGAACUCUUGCAAUCGCCUGGAAUCACAACUUCACCGUACUAUUUAUCCGCAUCUAUCUUAGUAGAUGAAAAAUAUGAACCAGUUUUUAAAUUUCUUUUAGUAGAAUUAUCACCAGUUAUAACAAUAUUAUAUCCAAUAAUUUCUUAUAUGCUUCCAUAUGAUAUUUUAAAAUCGUUUGAUGAUGAUCUUGCGAUAACGAUACUUUCACCUGUGAUACUUCAUAUAAAAAAACCCGAAUAUCAUUAUCAAGGAAUAACUGAUUCAAUGGCUUCAAUAGUAAAUAGUAGUUAUAAGUUAUUUCACACACAUUAUUAUGGUGUAACUGAAGAAGAAGAAAAAAAAAUAGUUGAAUCACCUAUGUUUAGAAAGAUGAAAUAUGAAAUAGAAUUAGAUGAAGAUUUUGUUCAUUCUAUAGAUAUUUCUUCCAUGAUUCCAGAAACUUUAAUGAAUACAUAUCAACGUUAUGCAGAACCUGAAGAAAUGGAUAGAAGUUUAAUGAGAAAUUCAAGAUCAGGUGAAGCAAUAGAAGAAAUUGUAACAUCAUAUGAGAAACACCCAGUACAUCGAAAGCAUCCAAUCUCAAAACGAUCAAUAACAAUUCAAAGUCCAUCUACUUAUCGUUUAGUGAGAGAAAAUUCAAUUGUUAAAAAAGCAUCAGUUAAAAUAAGUAAAAAUGAUUUACUUAUGACGAUACAAGAAACAACAUUAUUAAAACCAAAUAACUUUGAACCUUGGCGUUUAAUUUAUGCAUUUAUCGUAUUUCCACUUUACAUUAUAACUGUAAUUCCAUUGAACUUUAUCCUUUACUCAUCACUAGCCAUAUCUACAGUUUAUUUACUUGGACAACAAUGGCUUGCUGAAUGUAUUAUGAUACAAAAUCCGAUUAGAAGACGUCAAAGAGAAAGAUAUUAUAAAUUGAGAAUAGUCGGAUUAACAACGUUUUUUGGAAUGAUGUUGUGUAUAUCACCCAUAGUAUUAUUUUUUAUGGGAUUUAAAACAGUUUAUAUUGCUAUAACUGAAUCUAUUGAAAAUUGUAUUUAUUUCAGUUUUAAGAUGGCUGUUGGGUAUUCACCGAAAGAACACCAUCAUCAUAAAGAUGAAAGUUAUGUUAAGCAUAAUAAGAUGGAUAAAAAAUAA